AUGUCCGACGCUUUCUCUGAUCUCUGGAACUCGACUGGGGUGGCCAAGCCAGCCGAGCCUCCUCGCAAACUUGGUUCUCUAGCAUCCGCGUCGCCUGCGCCAGCUGCUGCACGAAGGCCUCAAAACGAUGUGUUCUCUAUGCUCGCCGCCGCAGGUUCGUCCUCGAACGUCGGUUCGCGGUCUGUAACCCCCGCGCAUACUCCCGCGCUCGGGUCGAAUGGCCCCGCAAAGCCGAUUCAAAAGGCCGCCAGCACGGGUACCGCGUUGGGGGGCAGCGACGCGUUCAGCGGCCUCCUCUCCGGCUUCUCAUCUACGCAGUCCGCGAACGGUGCGAACCUGACGAUCGCUCAGCGCGCAGCACUCGCGGAGAAGGAGCGACGGGAGCGCGCGCAGCAGCAAACAUCCAACCCCCCGCAGGCUGCACAUGCUUGGGCCGGAUUGGACGCGUUAGGAGGCAGCUCCGCUACAGCAAACACUCAAUCAUCCACGACCAGCCAUGACCCGCUUGAUGAUCUAGGAUUCGGUGCCUUUACAUCCUCCUCUACCUCUACCUCCCCACCUAUCAAAGUCACCCAGUCUGCUCCCCAGGCCGACGACGACUGGGGCUUUGGAGAAUUCUCUUCUCAGCCUGCGCCUGCGCCUGCCCCCGCGGGGAAGCGCAAGGGGCCCGCCGCUUCCGGGUUUGAUGAUCUUCUCGGCUUCGACGACUUCAGUGCGCCUGCUGCGUCCCGUCAAUCAUCUUCCCCCGCGCCUCCAAGAUCCGACACACUAGGGGACUUCGACUUCGGGAACCGGGAGGAUGGUCUGCUAGGUGGCCAGUCUAGCGAUGAAGAUGAUAUCCUUGGAGACCUGAGCAAACCAGUGGAGAAGUUGGCAGCGGUAAGUGCACAGUCCGCCCGCAACACGCCUUCUCCCCGACUGCCGCCAUCUGGGCAGCGGUCUCGCGCGGUGUCGCCACCGCCCCACGUCCUGGGUCAAAUCGUCGAGAUGGGGUUCUCGAUACAACAGGCACGCGUUGCGCUCGCGGCAACGGACACCGGUCUGGACGUGCAAGCCGCGUUAGAGACCCUGCUCUCAAACGGCGCCGGCUCCUCUUCUCCCGCUCCUGAGCAGCAACAAGAGGCACGGAGGCGGCCCCAGCGGGAAGCUGGGCACGAUCGGUACUACGAAUCGGAUGAGGAGGCACCGCCCGCGCGCCAGGCACCGCGUACCGCGGCACGUCCCUCGCCCCAGGCACAGCGGUCCGUACGCGAGCGUCCACCGCGAGAGGGCGACGCCUCGGCAGAUAGCCAGCAGAAGUUGCAGGAGCAGGCAGACAAGCUACUCGCGCAGGCGAGCGAAGUGGGCAUCAACCUCUUAAACCGCGCCAAUGCGUUCUGGAAAGAGGGCAAGGAGCGAGCGCAGCGAGUCUAUGAAGAACGCGUAGCUGGUGCUGCUGCGGCCGGCCCGUCAAGGCAGUCCCCUGGGGAUGGUGCGCGGCGGAAUGGGAAACCGAAGUGGAUGCAGGAUGCGGAGGACGAGGGUCAUGUAUCUCCUGUUGUGCAUGACAGUGGCUUCAAGGACGAUGAUGACGAGAUCUCACCACUACCCAAGCGACCGCAAGCAAAGCAGGCGCAAGCUCCGCCUCGCACACGAGAACAACCUUCUGCGGAGAGCCCUGCCUCGCGUCUCAAGGUCGGCAACCUGUUCUCAGACGAUCCCCCUGCAGUCUAUGUAUCGCCAUUUCGGCGCAAGGGCCCUGCUCGUGCUCCGGCUGCCGAUGCCGCCGCUUCCUCCGCUCCUGCCACGCCUGUCCAGAAGCCGUCACCCUCUCCCGCUCGCGCUCCGUCCCCUGUCGCACUCGUGCAGCGGCGUACCGUGUCCGCAUCACAGGCUGCUAUCACCCAAUCAGCGCAGAAGAAGGCAGCAGGGACGGAGAAGUUCAAGCUCGGCCAGUACGCGGAAGCGGAGAGCCUGUACUCCGCAGCUAUCAGCGCCCUGCCGCAAUCACACCUGCUCCUCGUCCCUCUCUACAAUAAUCGCGCCCUCACGCGUAUCAAGACCGGGGACCACGGCGGCGCGAUCGAGGAUAGCACCACAGUGAUUGAGCUCAUCGGUGCGGCGUACCAUCCCGCGCGCGAGGAGAAGAUUACGCGGGUGGAAGACGGCGCGGGCGUCGACCUCGCGGAUGGGCUCGUCAAGGCAUGGUGGCGCCGUGCGGAGGCGUACGAGGGCAAGGAGAAGUGGGAUUCUGCGCGCCAGGACUGGGAGUCCAUCGCCGGCGCGGACUUCGCGGGCAAGGUGCGCGCGGAGGCGGUGCGGGGAAUUGGGCGCUGCCGGCGCAUGCUCAAGACGGACGUCGAGACGGGCGUGUCGACUGCGUCUGCGCCUGUAUCCCGUCCUAGUGUCGGUGCUGCGAAGCCACGGGUGGCACCGAAACCCAAGCCGAAGCCGGCGGCGCGUGGGCCGUCGCCCCCCUCAGAAGCCGUGAACCGUCUGAAGGAGGCAAACGAAGCGCAGGAGGCGGAAGAACAGGCACGCCACGACCUCAAGGACGCAGUAGAGGGGCGGCUCGGCGCAUGGAAAGCAGGCAAGGAGACGAACCUGCGCGCGCUCAUCGCGAGCCUCGACACUGUGCUGUGGCCCGAGCUUGGGUGGCAGAAAGUGGGCAUUCACGAGCUCGUGUCGCCGUCGCAGGUGAAGAUCAGGUACACGAAGGCGAUCGCGAAAGUGCAUCCCGAUAAGCUCAACGUGCGCAACACGACGGUCGAGCAGCGCAUGAUUGCGAACGGCGUCUUCGGGACCCUGAACGAGGCGUGGAACGCGUUCAAGCCGUAA